AUGGGGUUGGCUGUGCCCUUUGCGAAGCCAAACGGUACACAGCCUUUCCCGGCCCCCAAUGGCACACAUCCUUUGCCACCUGGACCUACCGGCACAGGCGCCCCGUGGAUACAAUUUCCACCUCCCGAAGAGGAAGGCUCGGAUAUCCUGGCACCACCAGUCAAGCGCGACGUACCACACCUCAAUGACAAGCGCUUCUUCCCAAUGCCCAACGGCACUGUGCCACAUCCACCUUCUCCUUCAGGCACUGGUGCACCAUUAAGCACAGGUACAGGUGCACCGUGGGUCCAGUUCCCAUCAAUUGAAGAGCAAGGUCAACAAGAGCCAGCACCACCAGUCAAGCGUCAGCUCAACGAGCUCGACGACAUUCUCAAAGCACCCUCCGACUCCCUACCAGUCGACACUGCCGAACUCAAGGACCAACCAAAGCUCCCGAAGGAGUUCAUUGCCAGCAAGCCAAUCCCAGUGCCUUUCAACGGUACAUUGCCAAUCGUCAACGGCACAAUCCCGCCCUUUAACAAGGGCGCAUUUCCACCUUUCAACAACGGCACACUCCCACCGUUCAACAGCACUGGCACCAAGCCGCCAGCCUUGCCGCCGCUUCCUGUGGCCAACCUAAGGAACUAG